AUGAUUCGAACGACAAACGCCCCGCGCCGCCCCGUUACCCCCGAUAUCGUCACCAAUGUCCAGGGCUCCAGCGCCGGUGCCGGCUCCGGCGAAUUCCACGUCUACAAGGCCGCCCGCCGGCGCGAGGCCGACCGCCUCCGGCGCAUGGACGAGGAGGCCAGGAACGAGUCCGCCCAGCGCAAGUUUGAGCAGGAUAAGGUGGCGCGCGAGACCAAGGACGACGAGAAGACGCGCAAGAAUAGGGAAAAGAGGGAAAAGAUGAAGGCGAGAAAGGCCAAGGCCCGCCUCGUCCCCAAGACGACGCCUGGCGACGACGACCGUGGCGAUGCGGAUACGGCGGAUGGUCAGGGUGCUACCGUCUUGGAGGAUAUCAGGGUCGACGCGCCAAAGAAUAACGCGACGGCAGUUUCGGCGGGCUCGUCCGGAAAGCCGAAUGGCGACGAUAAUGCCAACGAGGAGGAGGAUGCGCCAGGCUUAAUUAUUCACGAUGAAGACUGA